UCGUCAACCACCUCGGUAGCUUGUUAGCCAACAUAGCCGAAAGAUUCAAGCUAUUUAUACGCUUUCGGUGUGUAUUACCUACUGUGUUUUAGACACACUUCUCUCUUAUGUUCUUCUUAACCGAUUUAAUAUAAUAUUACGUUAUUUUUUAUUAGUCAGCUAUAGUAGCUGGCUGGUUAAGUUAGCACUAGUCUAGUCGCUAAUGAUAUCUAGCUAGCUAACAUCCCCGAACAUGAGCUCCCUAAGUUUCUCCCCUCCUGUUAAAGAAGAGGAGGUAUGCUGGACGGAGAAAGAAGCUGUGGGUCUGAACAUUGUCGUGAAAGAGGAGAAGGAAGAGGAGGAUGUCACAGUAAAACAAGAAGUAGAGGGUGAGGCUGUUACAGUGAAAGAAGAAGAGAAAUACGUUUUUGGAAUGAAGGAUGAAGAAGGGGAGAUCACUGUCACAUUAGAGGAGGUCAAAGAAGAGAAGACUGGAGAACUGAUUAACACCAGUAAAUACAGAGAGAGACAGAACUACCGUGGAUCCUCUGGGGAGCCUCGACAACAUCAUGAUGCUGACAGGGCAGAGAAGAGUCUCUCCACAUCAGAACACCUCAAUAAACACCUGCGGAGAUCCACAAGGAAGAGAUUUCACUGCUGCUCUGAUUGUGGGAAAUGUUUUAAAUCUUCAUCCGAAUUUAGAAUACACCUGAGAAAUCACACCGGAGAGAAAGCUUAUUGCUGCUCUUACUGUGGGAAGAGUUUUACUCUGUCAACCCGCAUGAUAUCACACCAGAGAACACACACAAGAGAGAAAUCUUAUAGCUGUGAUCAAUGUGAGAAGAGUUUUCCUCUGGUACUCAACCUGAUAUCACACCAGAGAAAACACACAGGAGAGAAAUCGUAUAUCUGUAACCAAUGUGGGAAGAGUUUAUCUUCAUCUGGAACUCUGACUGUACACCAGAGAAUACACACAGGAGAGAAACCUUAUAGCUGUGCUCAAUGUGGGAAGAGUUUUAUUAUGUCUAGUCAGCUGAAGGCACACCAUAGAACACACACAGGAGAGAAACCUCAUAGCUGUGUUCAAUGUGGGAAGAGUUUUGCUACAUCUAGCCAUCUAACUGCACACCAGAGAACACACACAGUAAAGAAAUCUUAUAGCUGUAAUCAAUGUGGGAAGAGUUUUACUAUGUCUAGUCAGCUGAAGGCACACCAGAGAACACACACAGGAGAGAAACCUCAUAGCUGUGUUCAAUGUGGGAAGAGUUUUGCUACAUCUAGCCAUCUAACUGCACACCAGAGAACACACACAGUAAAGAAAUCUCAUAGCUGUAAUCAAUGUGGGAAGAGAUACUCUCAUAAAAGAUCUCUGACUAAACAUCAGAAAAUACAUGGAAUUGUUUCAUGAUAUCAAUGAAUUAAUGUCACAAUGUAAAAUAUUAACACAUUGUAGUAGGAGUAUUUUAAUGAUGUCACAAUGUAGAACCCUAAAUGUUUGCCCCCUUAUCAAUUGAUUUCAGCAUGAUAUGGAUAUUAGCCUCAGGGGGAAAAUCCAGGCUCUGAACUGAGAGAGUACUAUUUAUGAGAUUUAACAAAAAGUGACUAACAAGAAAAGAGUUGUUACACUUACCACAUUGGUGACGCUCUUGAAUCAAAACGCAACACUUCAAAAUGUAGCGAUUUGUUUUCUACAAAUUGUCCUCUAACCAGGGAUGUACACAUUAUUCACAGAUUCCGUGUGGUUUUUGAGCUGUUAGUUUUAACAGGACGGUGCAACCUCAUCUCCCUUGUCUCGCACAAUUGAUUUCAACAUGUAAUCGAUGAGUGAUGACAAAUAAGUGUUGCGUUCCUUUAUUUAGCGACCCCUAAACUUAAAUGCAUCUCUCCAAAAUGUAGCUGACUGUCUUCUGCAGGUUGUCCUCUAACCAGUGAGGUGAAAGAUAUUUCCUUUUUUCAUGUGUUUUUUUUAGUUGUGUUUCAAGUUUUCGCUUUUGGUGCUUGUGCAGUUUAUAAGUAAAUACAAGUAAUGUGAUUAUUGUGGCAGAUGUUUGUGUAGAUAGUACAUUUUAUGUUAAGGAUUUCAAUUUAUCAUAAACGUUUUCUGCAUUUGGACUAUUGAUUUGGACACGUUAAAACUGUGACAUUGGGGCUAUCCACCUAGCAAAAUGUCGUUGAAAACAUACAAUAUAAGUUAGGUUUUAGUUGAAAGUGAAAGUUGAAAAGAAAACGAUUUUAAUUUCAACGUACUUGCAGCCUAUACACAUGGUCGCAGUAUAAUAAAUUGGUCUGUAAUCAAUUUUAUGAACAAUCCUACAUCACAGUAUUUAUUUACAACAUUCAAGUGCUAAAUAAUGUCUUUAUUCCAAUACUGAAGAAGCAUGACUCAAAUCACCUACAAAUAUUUCCAUUUAGUUAAUUAUUGCUAAUACAUAUUAACAAAGGGGUGUACAUUUGGUUUUGAUAUUUCAUAUUUACAAUUCAUGUAACAUUUAGUAAUCAUAAUUAUUUAUGCAACCAACUGACAAUUUUUGGGUACAAUUAUAUUGACAUUGAUCCCUGAUAUUCUAAAAGCAGGGUAACAUUCUCAGAUGUGCCAAACCAAAUGUUCUAGAGCAUGACAUUGGGGACUGGGCCCGGAUCCAACAACAUGCCUAUCUAGUGAACCCUGGAAAAAGAGAGAAGCUCCACAGUGAGGUGGAAAGUUACUACGGGUAUUGCAGAAGUUUCCUCUUGAAAUCAGACAUGUCUGUGGUAAGGACAACUUGGUUGCUGAUUGUCUCAAGGGUGGGUAGUCAAAAAGUUGUGUUUACGUUUAGCCAGUGCGUUGCCAUGGAUCACAGUUUAUUGCAUGUUUUUCUGUAUUGGAGAUGAGUUUUGUUUUAGCUCGUUCCAAGGGGAUGAGAGUUCCAGAAGCUAGUGAGUUUUGGGAAGACGAGAGUUCUAGAAGCUAGUGAGUUUUAGGAAGAUGAGUUUUAUAGUAAGAAAAGGGAUAUAACAAUAAUAUGAUUGUAUAUAUUGUUUAGAAAUGUUUUUUCUUGUUUUUAAUUGUUGACAGCCAGUAGACACCAUGUUUUAUAUUGUAGAAGGUGAAGCAUUAUAGUAGAUUAUAAUGUGAAAUGGAAGUUGUUUUCUCUUGGUGGUAAGCAAACUUGUCCAACAUAAACAUAGGAUAUAUUUGUCUUAAGGAGGAAGGUGUUAGACUUUAGUUUUUCCAUUUAUGUUUUGAGGUUGAACGUUAGCACGUAGGACGCACUGUUUGGUGUCACCUCGUUAGUCAAUAUGUGUUCCACCUUUGCUGGCUUGUCCAUCUCGUUAGUGGGAAGGUGUUUCACCUGAGCUGGUCCAGGUUCUAUUUAAGAGUGUCUGGCCUAGUGCUCCAGUUGUCUUGAUAGAUGUGACAAAUCAACACCUUUAGUUGCGCUACCGCUUUGGUUUGCUUCCUGUUUUUAAGUUAGUUGUGGGGUUUUCUUUUGUUUGCCUCUUCUUGGGCAGAUUUAAUGGGUCUCAUGGUGGGUGUCUUUUAGGUCCCAGUUGUUGUUACUAGUCAACUUUCAGUGGACACUGUGAGAGCAAAAUUUGCAAGAUUAUGUUAUUAUACUUUUAUUGCAUCAAAUGGUUGUUUUAUGCAACAGAAUAGAGGAUUCUUAGAACUAUUGUGUCUGUGUGUUCUACUGAGGAUGGGCCUCUGGGAGAUAACACUGACAGGAGAUUUACAAUGUCUUUUGGGUGAUAAAACAUGAAGAGACCACAUUCCAGAUUAUGAGUUAAUGUUUCUGUUCUAUGUGGUACCAGGGAGAGAUGACCCCAGGGCCAGACCCUGGUCUCUACACAAAGAGUACUGUUUUUACAGCAGAUACUGUCUGCUGAGAAUGAUAAAUAUCUUCCAUACAAAUCUUAAUCUUGUGACCCAUUCUAUACAUUGGUUGUUCGUCAUGUAGAUUGAAAGGGGUGUAACUUGGCUGUAAAAGACCUUUGUACUUUUGUAUCUGGGCUCUCAACGAAUCAUCUAGGGGUGAUUUGUCGACCAGCCAUAAUUAUCGUAGAGCACUCAAUUGAUUCACUUUAUAUGUGUGUGUUGUAUUGACCUGCUUCCUUAUUAUUAAGUGAAUAAAGAUUUAGUUUAAGAAUAA